AUGCUCCAUCCUAAGGCGUCUUCUGCAUCACCAACCAAAGGUCCUGAUACUUGCACAUACACUCCGGACUUGGAGAAAGCAGUUGCAGAGAAGCUUACGCUGUGCGAGCAAGAGAAGAACGAAGUCUCGGAUGAAGUGUCAUCUUCGGUGUCUGUCCUUCCCAUUGAAGGCAUAGGUGAUCAAGAGACACAUCCUACUCGAGACUCACCACCUCAUUCGCUGCUGCAUGAAGAGGUUGAGUGA